AUGCCGGCUACGAAUUCAGGGAGGAUUGUCAAGACCCGAAAGGUCAAGAAGGGCACUCUUCACCAGAAGAACCACCGGUGGGAAUCCUUUACUACGAAAGUCUCCAAACUGAAUUCUCUCGACCCUAUCCGAAGAGUUCGCCGUCAUGAUCUCGAUGCCGAAGACCUAUCUACCACCACCUCCUAUUUCAAAUCUGGGCUAGAAAAAUGGCAGGAUCUCAACAUGUCCGAGGGCUUUGUAGCCUUCUCGCAAGAAGUGCUGAAGAUGUGCGACAGUCUGCCUCAAAUUCUACAUUUCGAGGACCAGAUUAUGGAAAAUUUGGUUACAUAUAUGGAGAAGAGGGAAAGAGAGUCCAUGGAACCUCUGCUCGAAUUGGUGACGGAUUUUGCGCAUGAUUUGGGAGGCCGUUUUAUGAGACACUUCCCCAAGGUAUUGGAAGUUGUCACAUCUAUCGCAGGGACUCCUCAAGAUGUCGAGGUUAUUGAGUGGAGUUUUACGUGCUUAACAUUUAUGUUCAAGUACUUGUCCAGACAUUUGGUACUGGAUCUCAAGCCAACAUACGACCUGAUGGCCCCUCUUUUGGGGAAACAUCGCCAACCGCCACAUAUAGCCCGAUUUGCAGCGGAAGCUAUGAGCUUCUUGAUCACGAAGGCUGGGGCUCCAGCCCGUAGGGAGGAAUGUCUUCCUCUCAUUGUGCUUCACGCCAAAUCGGAUCUCGCUAGCAUCUCUGGAUCUAAGGAAUUCGGACUGUACUAUCAUGGAAUUAUGACAAUGUUUGCUCAGGCAAUGAAAGGAAAUGGCUGGACUGUACAUACUUCGGGGGCUGCCAUCUUUCAAUGCUUAAUCUCAGUUCUAGACGACGAAGAUUUCGCGGCCAAGGAGCCAUCUCCGUGGAUGAACGUUAUUUUUGGUGUAUUGACCAGUAUCAUACAUCAAACUAACUCAGGAACAUUCAAGGAUAUUAUGGAUAUAGUCAUUGGGGGGACGAAUGAAGCAGCCGAGGCAUUUCAAACAUCGAAAACAAAGGCCGACCUCGGGCGCCUGCUUCUUUUCGCUCGGACAAUCGGCAUUGUAUCUGGGGUAAGGAAAGCGAGCCGCGUCAAUGACUGGCCCGCGCUUCUUGAAGCAAUGUCUGGUGUUCUUCGCGCAAUAUCCAAGAACGUCAGUGUUGUCUCCAACUUUGAGCCCGAAGUGGACAUUUGGAGUUCUCUAGUACUGAGUGUAUCGAUCAUUCUUCAAUAUGUCCCUAUGGAUGCUAUGAUACGUUUCAUCUCUCCUUUCAUGGAUUCUUUGACCAAGGACCCACUAGCGACCUGGUUCUUACCUUUCUGCUCAUAUCUAUCUGACGCUGAGCCAGAACGGUUUCGCGCCAUUGUGCUACCCUACUUCCAGAGGUUCGUUAUUGCGCAUUGGUCAGAUGCACGUAAUGGGGACACCUUGUCUGUUUUACUGCCUAAAAUGGUAUCUUCAGGAGUCCUGCCAACUCCUCGCGGCAAGGAAGGAUUCACUCUACCCCAGUCUUGGCAGGACCAGAUAGUAAGCAAAUUCGAGAAGUUGGAAGUAUCACCAUUUCCAGAGCAAGCGUCACCAGCCAUACAUGAUAGAAGCCCGACGACUUGGCACGAUCGAUGCCUACCUAAAUACAACGCUCUUCUAGAAGUUCUAGCAUCCACUGUAGUUCACCCCUCGACAAAUGCUAGAAUUUCUGAAAUUCUACUCCGGAAGCUGAAACUUGCGUUGCGACCAUCAUCAUCCCUCGCCCCAGAGGAGGCGAAUUUUAUCGUUGGCCGAGGUUUCAGUGCAUUUUCGAGGAUGAGCAAGGGAGCUGGGGAACUUGACAGAGCACUAGAACCGCUACUACGAGCUGCUGCUCCUAGAUAUGCUCGUCUACCCGAUUUCCUCGAGGCCUUACUUGAUUAUCAGAGUAGUCUCAAGGCGUCACCAAACCCGAAGCCCGGACUAGACUCGAAGGAGCCGAGUAUUGAUGGUGACGAAGAUCUACUAAUUACUUCGUUGGUUGCCAAUCUCUCGACAGACUCUCAUGAGCUAAGGCUCCUCUCUUUACGUCUACUAGAUCACAUCUAUACGACCGAUCAAAACUCGACUUCCGAAGCGUUGUCUAUCAUGCUUAUGGUAGAACAAACACCCCUAGAUUUACAGACUGCUCGCUCAGCUUCUAUGCAUAUUCGCAAAGUAGCGAGCUUGUAUUCCCAUCAGUCACCAUCUUCAUGGCUGAAGCAAGCGAUCCCAUUAUUCUGUUUUGGUAUGCUGACUGUGAAAUUUUCCCAGCUUUGGGAAGAUGCAUGCGCAGCGCUCAAGCAGAUAGCGGAAACGAAGUCAGGGGAGGAGGCCGUAGGUCAACUUGCUUUUGAAUGGUUGGAAACCCCUUCUGCAAUUUGGGAUGGCUCUGCUCGAACCGUGGAGCAAUCACACAACAAUGGCCUCACCGAUUUCGAGUGCUCCAACCUUAUGAAGCUAGAUCAGCUUGCGAAGGAGGCGGAUGCUGAGGUCGCGAAUUGUCGUGACACAAUGCUACAAAAGUUCGAAGACGCCCAAAAGUUGGUCGCGGAUCGACCAACCUCUGCCAGAGCACAAGCCCUUCGAAUACUUGCUGGCGCGCCAGCUAUUGCCGAGAAGCGCUCCCGUCAGCUCGUACCAAUGUUCCUCUCCUGGGCCAGUAAGCAAAUCGAUGAGAUCGAGCCCAGUGACGGUGAAGCCGUCUCUAGUGGCUGGACAAGAAAAGACCAGAAAUCGCAACUCGAUUUAUUUGGUCUUUUCGUGAAUUCGGUAUCAUUAUUUAGAGCUGCAGAUGUGCACAGCGCUCUUUUAAAACUUCUUGCAAACGGUGACAUCGAAAUUCAAAAAUCCGCUCUCAAGGCAAUUUUCACCUGGAAGAAUGGUAGCAUCAAACCUUACGAAGAAAAUCUCCUUAAUUUACUGGACGAAGCACGUUUCAAGGACGAAAUCACCAUCCUGUUGCAAGGUCAGACAUUGGUUCAAGCAGAGCAUCGUGAGGCUCUCAUGCCGGUACUCCUCCGAAUUUUAUAUGGCCGUUCAAUUUCCCGAAAGGGAUCCGCCAGCGGUCGACAAGGAAUGGAAGCCCGGAGAUUAACAGUUCUACGAAGUCUGAAUGCCAGAGACGUCGAAGGUUUCUUGGACAUCGCUCUUGGUGAGCUCCAGGAUAUUCAUCUGGUUGAGAACGGCAUCGUGCAAGACUCUAUGUUUGACACUGAACUCCUCGGUGUUAGAAAACAAGUCGGUCUGACCAAUAUGAUGGAAGGCUUUAUAAAAGAGCUUGGCACAAAAGUCACUCCUUUUGCCGGCAAAUUGGUACAAGCAGUGCUGUAUUGCACCAUCUUCAGCUCUCGUCAAUUGCAGGGCGACACUGAAGACAUCGACGAAGGAGCCAACCAGGUGACCCAGACCUCCUUGUUAAAAGUUGUCCGCCAGACAGGCUUGAAAUCUUUGAUACUUUUGUUUUCGAAUGCCACGAGCUUUGAUUGGUCUCCAUAUCUCAGCAGCAUCAUCAAUGAUGUUGUCGGUCCAAGACUUGAAAACCUCCCCAUCGAGACUGGUCAGAGUAUUUCUGCUAUACUCAGGCUUCUUUCGACUUGGUCAAGCACCCCUCAAACUGUGCUUUUCCUGGGCAGUCAUAAGAAGAUUUUAUCCAAAGUGGCAGAAUGCCUUGCGCCCCAGAAGUCCAAGGACGAAGUCAAACUCAUCGCCCUAAACAUUCUCAGGAACGUGGUUAAGCUAGGUCGGGAAGACGAAAGCAAUGGGGUCCACGACCAAGUGAAAUCCGAGCUCCUUACGCCCAACAUGGAUCAUUUUUUGACACAGAUUGGUGGGGUUCUCCGAGGGCAACAUGACCUCAGCAAGGAUUUGCUCGAGUCUUGUGUUACGACUGUCUCUGAGCUCGCGCCAUUUGUCUCUACGUCGACCCAAGCUCACAAUUUGGUGGACGUUUCGAUCUUCCUACUCGACCAACCCUCACGACGAGUCAAUCCCAAGACAAAAGGAGGUCUCCUCUUAGUUCUAGAGCACUUCGUUCCACUUUACGAUCUUCAGAAUGAUGCUGAACUGAAAGACAAAGUCUAUCAUACCGUGACUUCGCUUUUUGGAUUUUUCAAGGACAAGGCUAGUCGAGAAGUCCUUUCUCGGGUCUUGCUGGUAUAUGCACAAAGAGAUCCAGUGAUCGAAGAAGUUGCAUCGAUAUGCGUAGACCUUAACUCCUUUGCUGUGGGUCGCCUUGAUGAGCCCGAUUAUGAUCGCAGACUCAAGGCCUUCAAUGUUAUUAAUUCCCCAAGAGAUGUGGCUUUCACUGCGCGCCAAUGGACACCCUUGCUUUACAACAUGCUUUACUAUAUACGACACGAUGAGGAGUUUGGAAUACUGUCCUCGAACUCGUCCGAUGGUAUAUGUCAAUUUAUCAACACCGCAGGAAAGGCGGAAGAAGAAUCCGAGCAAGCCGCCUUCAAGGGCAUGCUUUCAUCUAUCCUUCUUCCAGCACUCUUUUCAGGCGCACGAGAGCCAUCCGAGGUCAUCAGGCGAGAAUAUUUGAAAGUAAUGGCCCACCUAGUUCGAACAUUUUCAACUUGGUCAGAAGUCAGCGACAUGCAUAGCCUUCUCGCUGGCGACGAUGAGUUAGAGUCUUCAUUCUUCAACAAUAUUUUGACCGCUGGCAAAGGUAGGCAGUCCAGUGCUCUUGGACAAGUCGCUGCGGCUGCAGAGCGAGGAGAGCUUAGUGGCAAGAGUGUUAGCCAUUUCUUCGUUCCUAUUAUUGAGCACUUUAUCUUCGACCGAGCAGAGGGAAACGAAGCACAUAAUCUGGCAGCCGAAGCUACGACUACUAUUGGGAUCUUAUCCGGUUCUUUGGAGUGGCCCCAAUAUCGAGCAAUGCUCCGGCGGUUCAUAGGAUACGUUGAAGGGAAACCAGAUUUGGAGAAGCAAAUUAUCCGAUUGCUUGGAAAGGUCAUAGAUGCCCUCGCUUUGGUCGCACAAGCCCCCGAUGCCACGAGCGAUGCCGUUGAAGAUCUCCCCAGAAAACGAUCCACAUUGGCAGUGACAAUACCGAAGGGACUCAAACUCGCGGAUGAUCUCACGUCAAACAUCUUACCCCCUCUUACAAAAUAUCUUCACCACAAAGACGAGUCUACUGUCAGUCUCCGUGUGCCAGUUGCAGUAAUCAUUGUUCGCCUCCUGAAGCUUCUGCCUGAAGAUCAAUUGACCGAACGGCUGCCACCUGUCCUAACCGAUAUCUGUCACAUUCUCCGAAGUAAAGCACAAGAAUCAAGAGAUAUGACUCGAGAUACAUUAACCAAGAUAUGCGUCUUACUCGGCCCCUCUUGCUUCGGAUUCGUCUUGAAGGAACUACGCGGAGCAUUGGCGAGAGGCUCCCAACUUCACGUGUUAUCUUAUACCAUGCACUCACUACUCGUGGCUACAACUCCCGAGUACGCACCUGGCGAUCUGGAUUACUGUCUACCAUCCAUCGUUGCAAUUAUCAUGGAUGAUAUCUUCGGAGCAACGGGUCAGGAAAAGGAUGCUGAGGAGUAUGUUAGCAAGAUGAAGGAAGUCAAGAGCAGCAAGAGCCAAGACUCAAUGGAAUUAAUUGCCAAAACCGCCACUCUGAGCAGAUUAACAGACUUGGUUAAACCAAUACAGGUGCUACUAAAGGAAAAGCUGAACUUGAAGAUGGUCCGCAAAAUUGAUGAGCUGCUCAACAGAAUUAGCAGUGGUCUGCUAAAGAAUUCCGCUGCGCAAAGUCGAGACAGCCUAAUAUUCUGCUACGAGGUCAUUCAGGAUGUGUAUAAUGCUGGCAAGCCAGAGCAAAAAGUCAAAAGCGAUUACAGACUCAAGCGGUACCUUGUACAGAAGGGUGCCAAGAAGAGUGGCCAAAGGGGAAGCACGACUAUUUACACGUAUAAACUGGUGAGGUUUGCCUUCGAUGUCCUUCGAUCCGUGCUCAAAAAAUACGAUAAUCUCAGAACAUCCAGCAACCUCGCCGAUUUUAUCGAAAUCCUUGGAGAUGCGGUUGUCGAAGCCGAAGAAGAAGUCAAAGUAUCGGCUUUCCGACUACUUGCUACCAUUGUCAAGGUACCACUGAAGAUUAAAAGAGAUGAAACAAUCGCGAAGAAGUUUGCGAGCGGGACAGAUCUAUAUAGAAUUGCCGCAGCGGAAGCGACGAGGAGCAUCUCUGCUUCUUCCACCACCACUUCUGACAUUGCUCAAGCUUCGCUGAAGCUUCUGUCAGUCAUACUGCGUGAUCGUCAAGAUGUAACUGUCAAGGAUACAGCCGUGGAUGAGUUACUCACAAGGCUGAAGGAUGAUAUGACCGAACCAGAGCGUCGACACGUGACCUUCAACUUCUUGCGGGCUGUCAUGGAUGCUAAGGUCCAGACUGCCGUUGUGUACGAUACACUUGACUAUGUUGGAACAGUCAUGGUCACGAAUGAUGAUAAGGACACCAGAGAUCUAGCAAGAGGCGCAUACUUCCAAUUCCUUCGAGACUACCCGCAACAGAAGAAUCGAUGGACCAAACAACUCGGGUUCAUUGUCGCAAACUUGAAAUACGAGCGCGAAGGUGGACGACUCUCGAUUCUCGAAGUCAUCCAUCUCCUCCUUGCCAAGUCGUCUGACGAAUUCGUCCAAGAGGUAUCAGCAACUUGCUUCGUGCCCCUGAUCUUUGUAUUGGCCAACGACGAUAGCGAAAAGUGCCGCAUGGCUGCCGGAGAAGUCCUCAAGGAGAUCUUCAAGAAAGCCGACCAUGAACGAAUGACUACUUUCCUCACUCUCCUUCGAUCAUGGAUCAAGCAAGGCGAGAACACGUCCGUGGUCCGACUAGCACUUCAAACGUACGGCUUUUAUUACGAGUCCCAUGGAAAAGACGAUGGGGAUGUCUCUAUGCUCCAGGAAAGUAUUCUAGUCACUGUCAAGACGGCUGAAGAUUCCGAAUCUGAUUGGGAGCAAAUCUACGCUGCUCUCCAACUGGCCACUAUCCUCGUUCAAAAAUUCCCAGAUACUCUAUUAUCCUCGAAAGCCAAAUCUCUCUGGUCCGCAAUCCGGAAUUGCCUAUCGUUCCCCCAUGCCUGGGUCAAGCUUUCUGCCGUCAAGCUCAUCAGCAUUUACUUCGCGCAUUUUGCCCGAAACAACAUCGAGUCCAAACUAGAAGGUCUUCCACUUAAAGGCUCAGGGGGCCUAAAGCUUAGCGGAGACGAUAUCUCAGAGCUAAUCCGUCGCAUUGCGCAUAUGUUCAAGACGCCCGGUCUCACAGCCCUGCUCGCGGAUGAGGUAGUCAAGAAUCUAGUCUUCCUGGGACGCUGUGCAGCAGCGAAUGAUCUGAUGUGGCGGUCUGCUCAAAAAGAAGGUGAUUCUGACGAUGAGGAUGAGGAGGUAGAGAAAGGCGAGAAGCAGACUGCCUUGGGGUAUUUGUUUGGACGCUUGAGUUUCAUUCUGAGGAAGGAGACUUCGCCACCGCGUGCUUCGGCUUUGGUGCCUAAGACUUCAGCACUGCAACUCUUGCAACACCUCACCAACCACCUCUCGCCCGCACAACUCGCGCCCUCGCUACAAAGCAUUAUUUUGCCGCUACAUAAUUUGACCGACUCCUCUAUCGCCGCCCCUUAUUCAACAGAUGAGACGUUCCGCACAUCUUACGAAGAACUCAAGACGAACAGUGAAGAAAUCAUGGAGUCUUUGAAGAAGAAAUGUGGAACGAAGGAGUACAGCGAGGCUCUGUUACGGGUUCGGGAGGGUGUCAGGAGGAGAAGGGAAAUGAGAAGGGGGAAGAGGCGGAUUGAGGCUGUUAGUAUGCCUGAGAGGUUUGGGGAGCAGAAGAGGAAGAAGGUUGAGCGGAAGAAGGAGCGAAGAAAGGAGAGGGGGAGGGAGCACCAGGGGAGGAGGAAUGAGUGGUGA